GCGGGGCCGCGGCGGCGCGCGGACGCCCAGCUCCGCGGGGCUGUGCGAGGCUGCGGCGCGGCCACUGACGGGCAGGCGGUUGCUGCUGAUUUGGGAGCCCGCAAAUCCAGGCGCCAGGAGCUUGAGCCUGGUCGUGAGGGAAAUAAUAAUAACGACGACAACAACAACAACAAAAAACAAAAGCCGUGGGAGUGGGUGCAGCUUUGCUCCUCGGGAAGACGGCGCUUUGCCCGCCCGACUCGCUGUAGGUAGUGGCUGGGGGUGGUCAGGCCGUGUCGGAGGGGGAGCGUUCACCUGCCUCGGGAGACAGCGCGCCGGACGUGGAGGGAGCGGCGGCGGCGGCGGGCUCUCACUCCUGGCACAAUGGGCUGUACGUUGAGCGCCGAGGACAAGGCGGCGGUGGAGCGGAGUAAAAUGAUCGACCGGAACCUCCGCGAGGAUGGCGAGAAGGCGGCGCGCGAGGUCAAGCUGCUGCUGCUCGGUGCUGGUGAGUCUGGGAAAAGUACAAUUGUGAAGCAAAUGAAAAUUAUCCACGAAGCAGGUUAUUCAGAAGAGGAAUGCAAACAAUACAAAGCAGUGGUCUACAGCAACACUAUCCAGUCAAUUAUUGCUAUCAUUAGGGCUAUGGGAAGGUUGAAGAUAGACUUUGGUGACUCAGCUCGGGCGGAUGAUGCCCGCCAACUCUUUGUGCUAGCUGGAGCUGCUGAGGAAGGUUUUAUGACUGCAGAACUUGCUGGCGUUAUAAAGAGAUUGUGGAAAGAUAGUGGUGUACAAGCCUGUUUCAACAGAUCCCGAGAGUACCAGCUUAAUGAUUCUGCAGCAUACUAUUUGAAUGAUUUGGACAGAAUAGCACAACCAAAUUAUAUUCCAACUCAACAAGAUGUUCUCAGAACUAGAGUGAAAACUACAGGAAUUGUUGAAACCCAUUUUACUUUCAAAGACCUUCAUUUUAAAAUGUUUGAUGUGGGAGGACAGAGGUCUGAGAGGAAGAAAUGGAUUCAUUGCUUUGAAGGAGUAACUGCCAUCAUCUUCUGUGUGGCACUGAGUGACUAUGACCUGGUUCUAGCUGAAGAUGAAGAAAUGAAUCGAAUGCAUGAAAGUAUGAAGUUGUUCGACAGUAUAUGCAACAACAAAUGGUUUACAGAUACUUCGAUUAUACUUUUUCUGAACAAGAAGGAUCUGUUUGAAGAAAAAAUCAAAAAGAGCCCCCUCACUAUAUGCUACCCGGAAUAUGCAGGAUCAAACACAUAUGAAGAAGCAGCUGCAUAUAUUCAAUGUCAGUUUGAAGACCUCAAUAAAAGAAAGGACACAAAGGAAAUAUACACCCACUUCACAUGUGCCACGGAUACUAAGAAUGUGCAGUUUGUUUUUGAUGCUGUAACAGAUGUCAUCAUAAAAAAUAAUCUAAAAGAUUGUGGCCUCUUCUGAGUUUUACAAUUCAUGGUAAAAUGCAUUUUCAAACCAAAUGAGUACGUCUAUGUGAAUCACUCUAGGCUAGAGUCUUGCAACAACACAGAAUGUAGUACAUGGCAAAUGUAUCUGGGACCUUACCAAAGUAUUAUGAUUUUUUUUGUUUUGUUUUGUUUUGAACUAAAAGGAAUAGAAAAGUGGUCCUGCAGUGUGAAAGUAAGGACAGUGUUAAAGCUGGGCUCUAGUGUAUAGAUGAUUUCCGUGUAAGUGUAAAUAUGCAAAUGUAUGUAUACUUGUAUUUAUAACUUUAGUUUCCAUAUUCCUUUAAGGUUUGAGGAAUGAUAAGUUACAAUUUGAGCCUUUUGGCUAUGGAAAUAACAGAAAUAUUAGGUACUUUGUCCGGAAAGACAAGACUAUUGCCAUGUUUGCCAAUUUAAACAGCUUUAUUUAUGUGUGUGUCUUGUAAAGUUUUAAGUACAGUAAUUGAUAUUAGGAAAUAUUGCAGCCCUUACCUUGUUAUAUGUAUACUUGUAGUCAUAAAAAUGUUAUUUGUACAAACAUUGCACAGACUAUUUUAAUAACAUGGUUUCUUCUUUAAAUUUAAUCUGUUUUAUGGAAAUGUUCUUAAAGAAGAUGAGCAUACCUACCUUUGGAUCAACACUAUAUGCAUUUAAACUUUUCUUUCAGAGUGCAUGUUGAUCUUAUUCCACAUUAGAUUUGAUUAGAAAACUGAAAUCACAAAUUUUUGAAGAUAUACUAUCUUAGACUUAUAAACAAUUUUUAUUCAGUUGCUUUGUUCUCAUUUGAAAUUUUAACAUUUGGAUGGUAUUCAUGCAUUGCCUUAAAGGCAGUGCUGUAUUAAUUUUAUACACUUUUAAUAGCUACAUUUUAUUUGUAUAAUUUUAGGUGGAUGUUGAGAGCAUUUUUCUGGAUAAAAAUUUGUCAGCAUAAUGAAUUUUGAGAUAUUCAUUUGUGUAUUUCCUUUGGGAAAUCUCAGUACCUAGCAUACAUAAUAAUUCCUUGUUAAGAUGGUAGAAAGAAAAGUCUUUGAGUACUCUGCUACUGGUAAAAAUUAAAGCUUUAAAUUUACAUAUGUAUCUAUUUUUAGUUUCAAAGUUUUCACAAAAUUAAUUUUCCCAGAAAUAUUCAGAUUUCCUUCACUUAGGUUUUUAUUAUUUCUUUUAAGAUUAUGCUAUUAUUUCUGAGAAUGUAAUGGGCAAUUAUAUUUAGAAAAUCAGUAAUAGUAUUAGUAAAGUCAGUGAUCAUUCAGAUAAGUGUGCAUAUUAGCUACCAUCAAACUUAUCCAAGAUUUAUUCUUUUAUUCACAGUGUCUCUGUGACCUUGUUUCAACAAAUUAAACACAUUCCCCACUCUUCCUUUAAAAGAAAAAAAAACUCAUACUGAAAAAGUCCUUCAGUAAACUUUGCUGUUAAGUAGUAAUAGUUUCUUUAGUUACAUGUGAUGCUGUCAUUUUGUUGAAGUAUGUAUAUGUGUGUAAGUAACCACGAACUGCAUUUAUCUUUGUUUCAUUUGUGAUUUUCUUCUUCUUUGUAAUGUAAAGAAAUUCAAAGUUAUGAAAAAAAAUCCUAUAUGUGUUAAUUUAGUUUCUUUUUGUGCCUUUCAUGGGAGUUAAGAUUUCAUUAAUACUGCUGAUGGAAGACCUAUGUCCAUAUUGUGAAGUUAUGUAUGAAAUUCUACUAUACUAUGAAUAGAUUUAAGUCAUGAGAAAUACAGUUUAAAAAGACACAAAAGAAACACGUUGAUGACCAUGAUUGAUGAAUUCCUGAAUUUUAUCCUGUGUACUUGUGUUGCUAAUAAGUCCUAAUAAAUUUUAAUUUUUAAAUUUUA